AUGGAAGACGAAGCAGAGGUGCUCGACCUGCCCGACGAGGUGUGGGUUGCCGUGUUCGGGUUGCUGGAGCCCAUCCACACGGCCGCGGUCACCCUCACCUGCCGUCGGUGGCGCGCCGUGUUCCACUCCGACCCGCCCCUGUGGCGCGCCUUCCACGACCAACUGCUGGGCGGCCCCCUCGUGCCCGCCCUGCUCACCGCCCCCGCCCUGCCCCUCAACUACCCCGUCCACUUCACAGACUCCGAUGCCACGUACCGAGUGGUCGGCAGGCCCUUCGAACGUGACCGGCUGAGCCGCAGGCUGCGGCAAGUCGAGCGCGAGGCCUGGUUCGGCGCCGACGAGUGGCGCGCGGCCUUGGAGUGGAAGGUGCGGCGCGUGCGCAAGUGGGGCGUGUCACCCGAGGGCCGGCUCGAGUGGGCCGCGCGGCUUGGGUGCACGCGGCUCGUGGCCACCCUCCUCCGGCGCUACUGGCGCGAGCUGUCGAUCACCGCCCGCGCCUCGACGGCCGUCACCAAGGCCCUCCGCGCUGCCGCCUGCGCCAAUGACGUUGAGAGCGUUGAGCCGACAAGAACAAGUUUGGGUCGCGGACUUGAAGAGGCACUGAUGGGCUAUGCGCCGAUGCUGGAGGCCGCGCGCUGGGGCAACCACGAGCUCAUUCAGCUCCUCCACGACCACAGCCUAACCGGCAACUCCAAAUCAGAGGCCUUUCCGGCGCUCCUUGUUGCGAGUUCGCUGGUAAAGCUCUACAGCCUCAGCAGCUCCACACUCGGAUUCGGAUUCGGCAUCCGCCCGGCCUUAACUCCUCAACAGUUCGUUGUGAUGCCCGACGUGGAGGCGCGAAGCGCGCUCUUUGGCCCCGAAUUCCACAAGACGCUGGCUCCCGGGGAGUUAUGCAACGCGCUGUGGUCGGCUGCGAAGGAGGGGCACAACGAGGUGAUCGAGUACCUGCUCGACUGCGGGGCCGAGGUGACGUCCCCCUCGCCCAUAGAGGCCUACGCGCGGCUGCCCAGCACGGCCCUGCGACCGGCCACCCUGAUGAGGCUCAUCACUGUGAGCAAGAGCAACGAAGAAAUGGUCGAGGCUCUACUGAAAUGCGGCGCCGAUCCACGGCGAUUGUUUGGACACUCCUGCUCGACCGACAAGGCCCAGCGCAUCGACGCGCUGCUGGCUGCGCACCGCGACGCGGGUGAUGCGGCGUCGCCCCGGGGCGUGACCUCUAAGCGCAAGCGCCCCAGUUCACCGACACCCCAGGCACACCAGACCGACGAGCCCGAGGCGCCCACCCACCAGAAACCCAAAAAACGCGCUGUGGACGAUCAGUCGUGCUGA